CGCCUUCUAACCGAUGGCUUAGUCCCUACGGUUACAAGCGCGCCGCUACGUCUCCGCCUUGCUCUUCUUAGUAGUCCCACCUUCCUUGUUUACACAAUCUCUCAAACUGAAAAGGUUUCUUUAUUUUCUCCUUUUAUAAAAUGUUUCAUCGAAUCAGGCUUCUUGACUCGGUCUUUUAACUCUUCCUAAACAAAACCAAGAUUUUUAUCUGCAGUCUGUAAGCAGUUGAGUGUUUUUUUGUAGAAAGAGAUCUUUUCGUUUAUUGCUCUUAACUUUGGAAUAUACAGAUCCCUUUGAUUCCAUUCUUGUCCAUUACCCAUUUGAACCAAAAGAAUCAAUACCCAAAACAAGACUCUCCCACCACUAUAAAUUCUUCUCUUUUCUUUGCGUCAAUAUUGAAGCAUAUAUAUACUUAAUCAUAAUAUAAAGGAUAUAUCAUCAUGAGGGCAAGAUUGGUGGUGUUCCCAAUUAGAGGGAGAAACUGGUGCUUUAGCAGAUCCAUUGACCCGUCUGCAGCAGAAUCCAGCGCUGCCAACACUCCUUCCACAGUCAAAGAGCUUUGGAAGAAGAUGUCAUCCGAUUCCAAGCCCCUCAAUGCCAAGGCUGAGGUUCUUGUUGAUUUCGUUUCCAACAAGAUGAAUAAGGCUUGGAUGGGUUUGGAAAAGGCGCCUGAGGGCAGUUUCAAAAACAAGCUACAUGGGUUCGGAUUGCGGCUUUUAGCUAGAGUUAAGCCAACUGAGAUUUUAUUGAAAUCUAUAACCAAGGAGGUUACUAAUGUUCAGAUUACAUACCCCUCCAGUUUAAAUGCACGGCUUGUGCGGCGAAGAUUACGGCAGAUAGCCUUGAGGGGUACUGUUAUACACAGGAAAUAUUUGUAUGGUUCAGUUUCAUUGCUUCCGGUGACUACUGCAUUUGCUGUUCUACCUCUGCCUAACAUCCCAUUCUUUUGGGUCUUGUUUCGCACUUAUUCGCAUUGGCGGGCUUUCCAGGGAAGUGUGAAGCUCCUUCAGCUAGUCUCAGAUUACUCCCAAGCUCAAAACUCAAUUGUUUCAAAUGGGAAGAGCAAUGAAUCUGGGCAGAAUGAUUCCAACUAUGGAACCAAGGAUCCACAAGGUUUAGUAUGGGUGUUGGAGCCAUCGAAGGAAUUGGAGCACAUUGUUCGCCGGGGACUUGAAACUGGUAGCCUUAGUGAAGAAGCUAUUUCAGAUAUAUGCAUAACCUUUAGCUUGAACAAGACAGAUGUCUUAAAGUACAGAGAUUUAGUGUAAUUGGCAUUUCUUUUUCCAAUAUGGAAUAUAACAAUAUGAUUCCACUCAAUCUUAUGAGUAAA